GGCGUGACCCCGAUUCUUCUCCAGCUCUUGGGCGCUGCUUUGAGCAGCGUCACCCUUUACACCAGAAAGCUGGCGGGCACUAUGGGGAAAAAACAAAACAAGAAGAAAGUGGAGGAGGUGCUAGAAGAGGAGAAAGAGGAAUAUGUGGUGGAAAAAGUUCUUGGCCGUCGAGUUGUAAAGGGCAAAGUGGAGUACCUCCUAAAGUGGAAAGGUUUCUCAGAUGAAGACAACACGUGGGGACCAGAAGAGAAUCUGGAUUGCCCUGACCUCCCUGCUGAGUUUCUGCAGUCACAGAAAACAGCACAUGAGACAGGUAUGUCAGAGGGGGGCAGGCGCAAAGCUGAUUCUGAUUCUGAAGAUAAGGGAGAAGAGAGCAAGCCAAGGAAGAAGAAAGAGUCAGAAAAGCCACGAGGCUUUGCCCAGGGUUUGGAGCCGGAACGGAUCAUUGGAGCUACAGCCUCAAGUGGAGAACUCAUGUUCCUAAUGAAAUGGAAAAACUCUGAUGAGGCCGACCUGGUCCCUGCCAAGGAAGCCAAUGCCAAGUGCCCACAGGUUGUCAUUUCCUUCUAUGAGGAAAGGCUGACGUGGCACUCCUAUCCCUCCUCGGAUGGUGACAAAAAAGAUGACAAGAUUUAAGUCUCUUGAGUACCAGCCCCGUCACAUCUGACCGUGGGUUUCAAGUGAGGAGGGAAGAAGUUCUACUUGUCUUGACACCAUAGAGGUGGCUUGAGAAGAUGUCCUUUGAAGAGCCAGUAUACUUUCUGUGCCCUGCAGCAGCCCGAGUGCUUUAAGCUGUUCCAAGCUAUGUAGUUCACACACCCAUCCCAGUGGAGGGGAAUGGGGAGAAGGGUUUCAAGGCAGCCCGUUCUGUGCUUUGCUGAGAGAAGCAAAGGGCCUUCUAUGAAGGACAAAACUUGUAGAAUUGGGUGUGUGGGAGAACAA